CAGUUCCUGAACCAGUUCUCCUGUGCCUGCUGUGUUACAGGUUUGGGCUUUGCAGAGAUGAGAAAAGUGGUUUUGGUGACAGGAGCAAACAGUGGGAUUGGGCUGGCGCUGUGUGAACGUCUCCUCUCACACGACACAGAGGGUCUCCAUCUCUGCCUAGCGUGCAGGAAUAUGCAAAGAGCUCAGGCCGCACGCUCCGACCUCCUCGCCUCUUACCCUGCAGCCCAGGUGGACCUGCUGCAGAUGGACACUAGCAGCGUCUCCUCAGUUCUCAGUGCUGCACAGGAAGUUAAAGUCAGGUAUGACCGGCUGGACUACCUCUACCUGAAUGCAGGCAUCAUGCCGAACCCAGAAUUUGAUGUGAAGGCAUUUUUUAAAGGCCUCUUCUCCAGCAAUGUCAUCACUAUGUUUGCCACCGGGGAGGGUAUUCUGACUCAGAAAGAUGGUGUCACUACUGAUGGCUUGCAACAAGUUUUUGCCACCAACCUCUUUGGUCACUUCCUUCUAGUUAGGGAACUGGAGCCGGUUCUGUGCCACGAAGGCCGAACCUCGCAGCUGGUUUGGACCUCCUCUAGUAAUGCUCACCGUUCUGCCUUUAAUCUUGAAGACAUACAGCACCGGACAGGCACUCAACCUUACAGCUCCUCAAAAUAUGCAACAGACCUGCUCAGCCUAGCUUUCAAUCAGCACUACGACAAACAGGGAUUGUACUCAUCUGUCAUCUGUCCUGGUUUUGUGAUGACAAAUCUGACUUACGGCAUCCUCCCAUUGUUCCCAGCCAUUCUGUGGACACUGCUCAUGCCUGUCUUUUGGAUGAUCAGAGUGUUCACCAACACUUUUACUCUCACCCCUUACAAUGGAUCUGAAGCUCUGAUUUGGCUAUUUAGACAAAAGCCUGAGUCUCUGGACCCUUAUGCUAAGUACCACAGCUUAACAUCGGGGCUUGGAAACAACUACACCCAACCACAUAAGAUGAACAUUACUUUGGAAUCAUCAGAGUCAUUAUAUAAGAAAUUACUUCAACUUGAAAGUGACAUGAGAAGAAAAUUGGCUGAGAAAGAGAAGGAAGCACAACCUGCAGACCCCUCAGUGAAGACCUGAAGGACCUAAGUGAUGCACAUUCCACUUUGCAAGAAAGAGAAUGUGUUUUUCACUAACAGCUUUCAGAAGAAUUCAUACCCAUUGAACUUUUCUGCAUUUUCUCAUGCAACCACACCCUUUUAUAUGUAUUUUAUUGGGGUUUUAUGUGUUAGACCAACACAAAGUACUAGGUACUUGUGAAGUGGAAGGCAAAUGAUCUAUUGUUAUCAAAACAUUUUGAAAGUGUGGUGUGCAUUUGUAUUCAGCAACCUUGGGUGGAUACUUAGAAGCACCUUUCACUGCAGUUUGCUCCAACAAGUCUUUUGGGGAUAUGUCUUUAUUAGCUUUGCACAUCAGCUUUGCAAAUUUUUCCCUACUCUGUUUUAUGGAAAACCUCAAACAAUGGGAAUAUUGAAUAAAAAUCAAUCAACUGACCAGAGAGUGAAUGAAAAUAUGAUCCAAACCAUUCUAUUGUAGCUUUGGCUGUAUGUCAAGUGGGUGUUGUCCUUGUGGAAGAUGAACUUCCAACUUGCAGCCUCUAACAGGUAUUCUUUCAGAAUGUAUCCAAAUUCCCUGCCCAGCUUUCUAGUCCUUGCUAAAGAAAAGAAUCCUACAUGAUGCUGCCACCUCUGUGUCACAGGAGAGAUGUUGCAAGGCGCUGUUUUUGGUGUUUGUUCAUCAAUGAACAGGUCUUCACAGAACAGCUGUAUUUAGAUUCUGAUUAAAUAACACAGCUGGACUCUUUUUACCUACUAGAUGACUUCUAUAGGCAAUGGGCUGUAAUGGAUUUAGGAGCAGCAGAGUAAAUGAAGGUGAAUACAAAUAAUGCUCUGCACAAUGCUGCACUUCUUAAACCAUGACUAAUUUCCCUCCCCUGUCACAAUUACUUGGUACUUUGUGUUGGUCUAUUACAUAAAAUCCCAAAAUUAAAUUUUUGUGGUUCGAAAGUUACAAAUUGUGAAAAGGUAAUGAGUACUUUUGCAAGGCACUGUAAAAGUCGCCUAAUCCCCCCACAUUCAGAGAUGUAUAAGUGAAUUUCUACUAGAAUGGGUUUUUAAUAUUAUCAGAUUAGAAAUUUGAUUUGAUUUAAUUCUGUAUCAGGUAUGAAACAUGCAUGUUGUGUUACUUGUUGGGCUGCAUAACAAUACAUGUGCAAUGCGUCUAUGUAAA